GCGUUUCGUUUGUUUGUUUGGAGGGUGCCGGCAAGCACUUCACUGUUUGCCCUCUGUCUCUCUCCGUGGUCAUGUCUUGCUGGGUGCGACUGUACAGCGGAGGAGGACGACUACGGCGGAGGCUACCACCACCCCUCCCAGCAGCCGCCUGGCGGAGGAGACGGCGACUCUGACGAGGAGCCGAAACCCAUCUACAGACCUUCCGAAGAUAGACUGCAAUUCAACCUCAGUGUGUCCUCUCUCUCUCUCUCCUUCACUUUUUAAAGACUCUUCUCCUGUUACUCUUUAUGUUGUCUGUCUCUCAUCUUUCUAGAAAUUUAUACUAGCUCUUCUCCUCUCUUUCUGUUUUCUCUCAUCUUUCUUGCAGUUUGUCACUAUACACCUCUUCUCUCUUUCUCUCUCCUUCGGUCUAUCAGUCUGCCAUUUUUCUACCUUCUUGUUGUCUGUCUCCAUCAUCUCUUGUUGUGUUCCCCCUGUUCUUUCUGUCUGCCUCUCAUGUAGCCGGUCCUUUUGUUUCUAGAUACCAUUAUCUCCUCCCUCCCUCCCUCCCUCCUCCCUUCUUCUCCAGGAUUGAAGCCAAAGUUUUCUGAUCUGAUGACACUAAAAACUGUUGCAGGAGACGAGAUAAAGCUGCUGAAGAAGCUGAAGCGACGUUGGAAGGAGCUGUGUGUCUACUCUGGCAUUGACAAGGAGGGAGAGACCAUCAGGAAGGUGGAGAGCAAGCAUGGCUCUCACGGAGAUGAUCAGUGUAUGUAUGACGUGGUCCAACGCUGGCUGGACCAUCAGGGGCUCGAGCCCAUCACCUGGGCCACCUUCAUCGAGAUUCUCGAGGACAUGAACCUGACCGAACUCUCCAGAGACGUCCACAGAGCUCUCCACUACAGGAUUGACCAUCGGUCCUACUGAUGGCUCACAAUGUGGCAAUAAACUUGUGUUCUCUGUUUUUUUUGUUUCAAAUUUCUCUCUAUCGGUAUUUUUUGUCUUCACUUAUGAAUACUGUGCUACUGUCAGUGGUGCACAUCCUGUAUUUCACCUCUUGUUUAAAAAAUUAAUUUACAAAAAAUGACGUCAACGUUUGUUCUAACCAUCAAGAGAUGUCUAUAGGAUAAGAGAGCGAUAUAAUAUUAGCUCUGUUCCAUACAAUGCACUAUAUAGCUAUUAGUUGAGGCUGAUGUACUGGGACAGACUGGCCAUGACUUUGUCUCUGGUGGCCUCAAUGAUGGUCAUGUGCUCUGGUUUCAACACGCCAGCUUCCUUCUCCAUUGCUACCACUGUUCCUGUGAGUAAAGAGGCAGCCAUAGGCAAUGCACCCACUAUCCAGGCACACGAGGAAUGAGGCUG